AAAACGAGAUAUCUCGUGAGCCGUCCGCAAUGUGUUAACUCCUAAAGUGAAAAUGACGAGCCUCGCCCGCCAACAUUUUCUGUGGCAACUAGAGGCAACUGUGGCAAUCUAGAGUACCCGAGAUUUCGGAUUAAAAUCGGAUCGGGUAUUUUUUUCAGGUUCGGGUCGGGUCCCGAAAUUUUCGGGUACUCGAAGUUAUAUCAGAUCCCAAAAAUUGUUGGGUAUCCGAAAUUCUAAAAUGGAAUCGGGGAGGUAUAUUUAGUCAUUUUAUUAGCUUUUCCUGAUUCUGUAUCAUCUGCAAGUAUUUUUUUAUAUACAUAUAUUUCUAAAAAAAUUUCUGGACUUAUAAACACUCCUUAAUCUGCUUUUAGCAUUUCAGAUACCCGAAAAUUCUCGGAGUUCGAUUUCAAUUCGGGUACGCCGAAAAAAUACUCGACCCGAUUUUAAUCCCCGAUAUAUCGGAUACUCGCCCAUCUCUACUACACGCACAUCUACUUGUCCAUCCCCUGCACAUAUUUAUAGUAACCACUUCUUAGGUAGAGACAAUACAGAGAGUAAUAACCACAUUGGAGCAAAACUCGAUAAUAUGCUAGGAAUGCUAGAGAAGAUAGCAAAAAGCAAGAUUUGUGAAAGACUAACAAGUGUAGAGUUGGAAAUGAAGAAGAUGAACGAAUUUCUCUGUAGAAACCUGGAGAAGGAAGAGGCCUACAAUGAUCAGAAGCCAGAGUGUCUGCCUCUCCGAACCACAGAAGAGGUAGACAGCUUUGGAAACUCCUCCGCAGAAUACAAAAGUGUUGUAAUGUACUUUUGUUAUUUAGGGGGAAAUAAUCUAAAACAGGCAACCAGUAUCUGUUUUAGAGAGGCAAUCUGCGAUAGCCUCCUUGCUUCUUACACGUGGUUUGGCACGGACGCGUGCCAACCACUGUACAAAACAAAAAUUGUGCAGGCAAUCUACGAUGCUGCCUGCAAAAGUAAAACAUUUCCAAAGCCCACUCGUUGGGAUUUUCAGGAAUCGAUGCGAGUGGUACUGAGAACGGCAAAGGAGCGAUUCAGAUGUAAGGACAAGAGGCAACGACGAGAACGGGCUCAUACGACCACAGCCGCCACCGCCACCAGGACCACAGAAUAUUGGGGCCAAGAGAACCAAGAGGAUGUUUAAAAAAACAGCACUUUUCAGUGCUUCAAACAGCAUUUUUCAGUGCUCCAAACAGCACUUUUCAGUGCUCAUUAUUUUAAAUAAUUUUUACGCAAGUUGCAACGUUCAAUAAAGAACUUUUAUAAAUCCCUGUUACUCAA